UGAUGGAAUGUCUGUGGGGGAUCGGUGUCAGCGUCAAAACACGCGGCGGAAUGUAACCCUAGCCAGGCUCCAACCUAGAGUGAUUGGUAGUCCAUUGCUCCCAUCCACGGCUGGUAUUCCCCGGGCUGAGGGCGCAAUCUAAAUCCAACAGUGAUCCCACCUCGCUGGGCGCUGAUCCCACCGCUUCACACCGUCCUUCCGCUGUUGCAUGCAUUAUAUUGCAGCCGCGGCCUAUCAGAGGAGAUGGUGUAACCAGGGUAAGGCGAGACCAGUCGAUAUGUUCGAACAAAGAUGAGUGUCGAUCUCUGCGCUGUCCGAGCGAUGCUACCUCAGGGAGGGGUCAAGCCUGCUAAAGAGGUCUGUUCGAAUCGCUUCGCCUUCAGCAUCUUCCGAUUCUCUUCAUACUCCAAUCGAUCCGAUGGUCUCCUCCAAGGGAAAGGUUUUUCUCAUUGCCGGGCAUGUGUCCCUGGCUGGGCUGUUGUACGGCCUGGACACUGGCUCGAUCGGCCCGAUCACCCAGAUGCACCAGUUUGAGUCCUCCAUCGGCCGGUUAUCCUCGAUGCAGCAGGGUGUCUAUGUCGCCUGUAUCCUGCUCUCCUCGUCCGCGUCGUCUCUGGUCAGCGGCCAUGUCUCGGACCGUCUGUCACGAAAGUACGGCAUCCUCAUCAGCAGCCUGCUGUCGCUGGUGGGGACCAUCCUCUCCGCGUGCUCGCCCAAUUUCGCUAGUCUGAUCGUCGCCCGGCUGAUCACCGGUGUCGGCAUGGGCCAGGCCAUUUCCGUGACGACCGUGUACCUGGUCGAGAUCGCUCCGGCGAAUGUGCGGGGCGUGGUGGCUUGCUCGCUGCAGCUGUACGUGGUGAUUGGAAUCAUGGCGGGAUACUUUAUCACAUACGGUACCCAGUACCUUCCUGGUAGUAUGGCAUGGCGGGUGCCGUUUAUCAUCCAGGCGGCUAUGGCAGCAGUGCUGUCGGUCGUGAUGCUUCUGAUGCCGUUCUCGCCGAGGUGGCUGGUCCAGGUCGGACGCAUCGAGGAUGCCCGUGUGGUUUUACGCAAACUGCGACCUGAGUCGGCAGUGAAUGAAGAGCUGCGGGAGAUUGAGAACAGUUUGCACUCUCGUCGAGCGACUGCCAGUAUGGCGGAGAUUUUCGGACGGAAAUAUAUCAGUCGGACGGCACUAGGAGUGUUUUUGAUGACGUUUCAGCAGUUGACGGGAAUCGACGUGGUUUUAUACUAUGCGCCCAUUCUCUUCCAACAGGCUGGCUUCACCUCUACCAAAGCAUCGUUCCUCUCCUCCGGAAUCAUUGGUAUCGUGAUGCUGGUGUUUACCAUUCCUGCCCAGAUCUGGGUGGAUCGAUGGGGACGUCGCAAGCCAUUGAUUACGGGGGGUGCCGCGAUGGCCAUCUGUUUCAUUGUCAUCGGCUCGUUGUAUGCUCGAUACGGACAUAUCACCAAAGAGGAAGUGAUCUUGGAAUCCCACUCGGCGCAGUGGGCGGUAGUUGUCCUCAUUUUUAUCUUCGUGGCCAACUUUUCCUGGUCAUGGGCCGUCGUCGGCAAAAUCUACGCCUCGGAGAUUAUUCCCACGCGGCUGCGAGCCAAGGUAUGUGCGGUGGAACUGCUGGCCAACUGGAUUGUCAAUUUCAUCGUCACCCUGACAGCACCGCUGUUUCUGCAUCGGUCCCCGUCGGGGCCAUACUUUCUGUAUGGAUUUUCGACCUUGGUGGCGGUGGCGGUGUGUGUGGUGAUGCCGGAGACCAAGGGACGGAGCUUGGAGGGGAUUGAGGAGUUGUUUGAGAAGAGAGGAGCAGAUGGCUGGCAGGUGCCUGAUCAGGUAGCUAGUUGA